AUGUCAACUAGAAGAAAACGAACCUCCAAGGCAAUUUCAGAUGAUGAAUCUGUUGAAUAUAUUAGUAGUAAUGAAAGACAGAGUUCAAGUAGAAGAAAGACAAAAGCAAAAAGAAGUCGUUCUAAUACUGAUAGGGAAGAAAUUUAUGAUGUUGAAAGGAUGUCGGUAGAUGAAUUAGAUGAAAGUGAGCUUAAUGAUGAGAGUACUGUGACGAAUGAUGAAGAAUAUGAAGACCUUGACAAUGAUGUUGUUGAGGAAUUUGCAAGGACAAGAUUAAAGAAAAAAAAAUCAGCUGGGUUUCUUUUGGUCCAAAAAUUAAUUUUGUUACUGGACAUAAUGGAAGUACGUGGCAAGAGUGCAAUUUUGACAGCAAUAACAGUCUGUCUUGGCGGAAAAGCAAACUUUACAAAUCGUGCUUCAAAUCUAAAAGCAUUAAUACGUGAGGGUGCAAGUGUUGCUCAAGUUGUAUUAAAAUUGCGUAAUCGUGGAGAGGAUGCUUUCCAAAAAGACAUUUACGGUAAUUCAAUUAUUAUUGAACGUAGAAUUACUAGUGAUGGGGAUAGUAGAUACAAAAUCAAAUCCGACUCUGGAAAAGUUAUCUCGCAGAGACGUGAAGAUCUAAGCAUAAUUUUAGACUAUAUGUCGAUACAAGUUGAUAACCCUAUAAACAUUUUGACUCAAGACACUGCUCGUCAAUUUCUACAUUCUUCCAGUCCACAAGAUAAAUACACCUUUUUUAUGAAAGGAACUGAAUUGUAUCAACUUAAAGAAGACUAUGACUUUGUUCGUGGAAGUUUGGACACUACAAAUGAAAUACUUAAACGCAAAAGAGAAAUUUUACCAGAAUUAUUUCAAGAAGUAAAAGAGGUCGAGGUUAAACUUCGAGAUAUGAAAAAAGCGUAUGAACUUGAAGCUGUAGUUUCAUCAUUGAAAAAUCAAUUGGCCUGGUCAUUCGUUAAAGAAAAGGAGGAGGAUGUUGCAAAACAUGAAAAGAAUUUACAAGAAGCAAUGAAUAGAUUACCUUCUGUACAAGAUAAGCUGGAAUUGGAAAUUCAUAACUUGGAAGAAAUUGAAUCACAAAUAUCUGAAUUAGAAGAAAAAUUUAAUACACAUGCAGAAACAUCUUUACCAUUACAAAAUAGAAAAGUAGAAUUAAUAGCUCUUAUUAAAAAUAAUAAAGUACAAAUUCAAGAAAUUCGGGCCGAAGAAAAAGAAAUAAAUGAAUCAAUUAAAAGUCUAAAGCAAAACGCAGAAAAACUCCAACAAAAAAUCAACACGGAAAUAGAAAAACUUCAAGAAAACAACGAGAAAAAACAUGAAGAAAAACUUGAGAAAAUCAGAAAUGCAGAACAAGAACGUGAGGAACAAUCUAAAAGACUUGACGAAUUCAAAAUAAAAAUCGAAGAACUCGAGUCCAAAUCGGAACAAUAUGAAAGGAAAAAAUCAUUAGCCGAACAACAAAAACAACAAGCAUCUGAAGAGAUUGGGCAACAUGAACUUCUGUUAAAUCAAUUGAAUGAUCAGAAGGCUAAUAACAUGAUUGUUUAUGGGAAUUCUAUUCCUGCUGUUCUUCGAGAUAUUGAUCGGGAGACUCGAUGGAGAAAAAAACCAAUUGGUCCGCUUGGGUUAUAUGUCACAUUGUCAAAACCAAAUUGGAGCGAAGUUUUAGAAUCGGUAAUUGGGAGAACUUUAAAUGCUUUUGCCGUACGAAACUAUCAAGAUCGAUCGUUAUUAUCAGAUAUUUUGCAACGACAUAAUUGUGCUUCGCCAAUCAUUAUCAGCGAAGAUGAUGAGUAUGAUCAUACCGCUGGUGAACCAGAUGAAAGAUUUCUUACAGUGUUACGUGUUUUACAGAUUAAUAGUCCAUAUAUCAAAAGAAUAUUUAUUAAUCAAAAUCGAAUUGAAUGUACUAUUUUGGUGGAAAAUCGCAGAGAAGCUGAUGAGAUUAUGUAUAAUAAGGGGCGUGGAUUUCCUCAUAAUGUAGAUUCUUGCUAUACCAUUGAAGGAUAUAAAGUUGGACACAAAGGUGGCGGUUUUUCAACACAAGCAGUCAGAUUGUAUAGAGGGCCAUCAAGAUUUAUUAAAGAUGUUCAAGGUCAAAUGAGAAAUGCGCAAACAAAAUUGAGUGAUGCACGAAGAUUAUUUACUGUUCAUAGAAAUGAUUUAAAUAAUAUAUCUAAUGAUUUAUAUAAUGUUAAGAGAGAAUUGGAUUCUUUAAAGAGUGAAUAUAAUACUGUUAAUCGUAAAAUAAAAUCUUUAGAUUAUCGUAUAACAAGUCUAAGGGAAGAAUUGCAGGAAGAUGUACCUGCAAUUAUUUCAGGGUUAGAAGAAGCAAAGAAUGAAGCAUUACAAGAAAUUGAUAUGUAUAAAAAUCAAUAUCUUCAACUUGCGAGUAAAAAAAUCACGAUAACGGAUGAACAAAGACCUUUGGUUUCUGAAUUGGAACAACUUCAUGACAAAUUGUUAGAAGUGUCUAUUGAAGCUGAUACAAUUAGUAAAAGCAUGGAAGAAUUGGCUAGUAAAAAAAUAGGUUAUCAAAAUGAUAAAUCACAUUUGCAAAGAAAACUAGAAAUGGAACAACGAAAAGUUGAUGCUAUCCAAACUGAAUUGGAGAAAUCAUUAAAAGAACUUGAAGAUUUGAGCACACAAGCGCAGGAGUAUUGCCCUGAACGCGUUGAAGUCACUAAAUCUUCAUUUGAAUUAGAUCGUGAAAUUCAACAUAUUCAAGAUCGAUUAAGAGUAAGAGAAAACGAAUGUGGAACAACUAUUGAACAAGUCAUGUUGGAAAUUUCAACUAAACGAGAUGCCUAUCAUCAAGCAAAAAGUGAAAUUGAUCAUAUGGAUUGUUUUUCUAAAGAACUGGGUGCUACCCUUAAAAAACGACUAUACAAAUGGCGUAGUUUUUUGUCUUUUAUUUCAGUUCAAAUUGAUGAUCAAACACUUCAACAACGAAGUAAUGAUAAAGACCCAAGAUCACUUUCUGGAGGCGAAAAAUCAUUUUCUGUAAUUUGUUUACUUUUAUCACUCUGGGAAGCAAUGGGCUGUCCAAUUCGCUGUUUAGAUGAAUUUGAUGUAUUUAUGGAUGCAGUGAAUCGUAGAAUUAGUAUGCGUAUGAUGAUUGAAACGGCUCGGGAAUCUGAUAGCACACAAUAUAUUUUGAUUACUCCACAAGAUGCGAGUAGCAUAACGCCUUCUCCUGAUGUUAGAAUCCAUCGUUUACAUGACCCAGAAAGAGGUCAACAAACUAUAGACGAGAUGGCAUAA